CCCGGCGGGCGCUCGGAGCGUGAGGGCGCGGGCUGCUCCCUCAGUAGCGGGGCGAGCGGGGACCCGGGUGCGGGCGGCUAAGAUGAGUGAAAGGAGAAGAUCUGCAGUCGCCCUGAGCUCGCGAGCACAUGCCUUCUCCGUUGAAGCCUUGAUCGGCUCAAAUAAAAAGCGGAAACUGCGAGACUGGGAGGAGAAGGGGCUGGACCUGUCCAUGGAGGCGCUGAGCCCCGCGGGCCCACUCGGAGACACCGAGGACGCGGCCGCACACGGCCUGGAGCCUCACCCGGAUUCUGAGCAGAGCACCGGUUCGGACUCGGAGGUGCUGACUGAGCGGACUUCCUGCUCCUUUGACACUCACACUGAACUAGGCCCUGGUGCUGCAGGCCCCGUGCCCCCUGCCAUGUCUUCCAUGGAGGAGAUUCAGGUAGAGCUGCAGUGUGCUGACCUCUGGAAGAGGUUCCAUGACAUUGGCACUGAGAUGAUCAUCACCAAGGCGGGCAGGAGGAUGUUCCCUGCCAUGAGAGUGAAAGUCACCGGACUGGAUCCACACCAGCAGUACUACAUAGCGAUGGACAUUGUACCUGUGGACAAUAAAAGAUACAGAUACGUGUAUCAUAGCUCCAAGUGGAUGGUGGCCGGCAAUGCCGACUCCCCUGUGCCCCCAAGAGUUUAUAUACACCCCGAUUCUCUAGCUUCUGGAGACACUUGGAUGAGACAGGUGGUCAGUUUCGACAAACUCAAGCUGACCAACAAUGAACUGGAUGAUCAAGGACAUAUCAUUCUGCACUCUAUGCACAAGUACCAGCCUCGAGUUCAUGUGAUUCGCAAGGAUUUCAGCAGCGACCUUUCGCCCACCAAACCUGUGCCUGUUGGGGAUGGAGUGAAAACAUUCAACUUCCCUGAGACCGUGUUCACCACAGUCACGGCCUAUCAGAACCAGCAGAUCACCAGAUUAAAAAUUGACCGAAACCCUUUUGCUAAAGGAUUCAGAGAUUCUGGAAGAAACAGAACCGGCCUGGAAGCCAUCAUGGAGACUUAUGCGUUCUGGAGACCCCCUGUACGCACGCUCACCUUUGAGGACUUCACCACCAUGCAAAAGCAGCAAGGGGGCAGCACAGGCACUUCCCCGACCACCUCCAGCACUGGGACACCAUCCCCUUCAGCUUCUUCUCAUCUUUUAUCUCCAUCCUGUUCUCCUCCAACUUUUCAUCUGGCCCCCAACACUUUCAACGUGGGCUGUCGAGAGAGCCAGCUGUGCAACCUGAACCUCUCUGAUUAUCCACCAUGUGCCCGAAGCAACAUGGCUGCCUUGCAGAGCUACCCAGGGCUGAGUGACAGUGGCUACAACAGGCUCCAGAGUGGCACUGCUUCUGCCACUCAGCCCUCUGAAACCUUCAUGCCUCAGAGGACUCCAUCCCUGAUCUCAGGAAUACCAACUCCUCCCUCGUUGCCUAGCAACAGCAAGAUGGAAGCCUACGGUGGCCAGCUGGGGUCCUUCCCCACUUCCCAGUUUCAGUAUGUCAUGCAGGCAGGCAAUGCAGCCUCCACCUCCUCCUCACCACACAUGUUCGGGGGCAGCCACAUGCAACAGAGCUCCUACAAUGCCUUCUCUCUCCACAACCCUUACAACCUGUACGGAUACAAUUUCCCCACUUCCCCGAGGCUAGCGGCAAGCCCAGAAAAACUGAGCGCCUCUCAAAGCACUUUACUCUGCUCUUCUCCUUCCAACGGGGCCUUCGGAGAGAGGCAGUACCUGCCCACGGGGAUGGAGCACGGCAUGCACAUGAUCAGCCCUUCACCCAAUAAUCAGCAGGCGACUAACGCCUGCGACGGCCGGCAGUACGGGGCGGUCCCAGGCUCCUCCUCCCAGAUGUCUGUCCACAUGGUUUAGUGGCGGGUCCGACGCACCGGGGAGCCUAGAGCAGCCCAGGCCCCAGUCCCCAUGGGCAGAUCCUCCUCGUUGGGAGCCCAAAGCCUUUGAAACACAGGAACUGCGGUUUUUUUUGUUUGUUUUUUUUUGUUUUUUGUUUUUUUUUUUUUCUGGCGGAGGAAAGCAUAUACCCAAGAACAAUAAGAGACUUUCAAGCCACUGAAGUAUUCUCGCGGUGAAUCAUCUCCAACUCAGUGGCCAUUCUCCUGCCUUCCCGAAGCUUCGAUUUAUAAAGCAUCGUCUCCUCCAGAGUGGCCUUUGAAGAAACUGAAUAAUCAUUUUAUAAUAAUGUUAAGGGAGAUGCUAGUGUUUAGCAGCCAUGAAAAGUUAGCCACACACACACACACACACACACAGACCUAUCGGUACAUACACACAUGCAUGAGUACACACACACACACACACACACACUCACGGCUCAGACCUGGGCGAACUCUGUGGAAGGAGGCCCAGAAUGGGUGCUUUCACCAAGAAUUUUUCUAUGUACAACGCUAGAUGGACUGGGCUAGCAGCAGCUGCCGACCUCGGUCCCCUGCAGCUUCCCCUGUUUCCGGAAUGAACCAUGUAUCCUGGAACCCUUUCCCAUCGAUCAGGGUGCAAAGACGUCAGCACUACACCUGGACUUGGCUUCUUGAAAAGAUUGCUUUUAAAACUUUGAUUGUCUUCACUCAGUGUGCUAUCAUCGACGUGCCCAGUGGGAAAAGAGGGAGUAAGAACAGCUGAAUGAGAGAGGGAGAGAAAGAGAAAGAAUAGAGGGCAAGAGAGAGGCGGAGAGCAAGACUGAGAGAGGAAGUGUGAGAUUGCUGAGAGUUCUGAUUCACCAAGGAAGUUUGCUUUUGGUUUGUUUCUUCCCAUCCCCCCUACAGGUUAUAGAAAGAAUCCUGGUGUCAGUGAGGAGGAAACGGCUCUGGGACACUGGGCCUGGUCAGGGUGCUGGUGAGAGGGAUCGGGGGCAAGGAGAGCACCUCCAUCCCACAGGUCUGACCGUCGUGAUCCAGGAGAGGCGGGAAGUGCCGUUCCCAGAGCGCGCAGCCUGGCGGGGACGCAGCAGUGUGAGGAAGGACGAGUAUUACAAUCCCGGCAAUGAAACCAGGCGCAGAGGCGACAGACAGAGGUCUGGCCUCCCGCAUGCCAGGUCCAGACACCUGACCUGGACUGCCGGCCCCACAGCUCCUGAGGCAGGAGACAUCCUGUCACGUUCCAGGGAAUUGCAGAUGGGCCUCUACAUCCUUCCACCUGCCCUUAGAUCUCCAGUUUUUUAUCCAAUAGUUCAUUGCAUUUUGAUGCUUUGGGUUUUUUCCUUCAUCUUUCCCUUCCCUUCACAUCCUUUAAUGAUAAGAAAACAAGUGGAGUUUGGUGCCAGCUAAACUUUUAAAAAUGGUGUGGAAAUGCAAAUAAUACCAAGUAAAAUAAUACAGAUAUUAUUAAGAUUUUUGGUUUUGAGGUGUUGUAGAUAAGUGUAUUUAUGUGCCUAGUGGGGGAAUUCAAAAUUAUGAAUAUUAAAAAAAAGGGGGCAAUAAAAAGGGUAUGUAAAAUAUGUAUGAAGAAAAGGUGUAUAAAAAUUUGCCCUUAUGCACGGAACUCUGUUUCUAAGUGCCAAGCACAGAAAGCCGCUAAAUAAAAUCUUUGCCAUUGUUUUC